AUGAUAAAGCCACUUCUGGCAGCGCGAGCGAGUCAAACCCGAGCUGCAGGAGCAACGUACUCGCUAAUUAGGUCAAACGCGGUUUUGUUCUUGUUUUUACCCCGAAAUAGUCAAACUCACUAGAGCAUCACUUAUUUUUUCAUUGUUUUUUUUUCUCCAUUUUUAUCAACAGGAGGUUGACUGAUAGUUAACGGUGAAGUUAGACACAACGUGGGAAAGAAAAGCUGAAGAAACUGGACUUUUUAACCGGAAAACCUGCAUUUACGUCUGUUUCCUUGCUGUAGCUGGCAGAGGUUCACAGGAGCAGAGGAAGCAGAGCCGCCUUCGGCACAGAGAGCAAAAGUGCAGGAAGGGUGGUUAAAGUGAGAAGAGAAGGUUGAAACACAAGCCCAGCUAUCUGCCUGCGUGGGAAAACGCCGCAUCAUGGGGAAACAGAACAGCAAGCUGCGGCCUGAGGUCCUAAACGACCUGAGAGAAAACACAGAGUUCACCGAUCACGAACUGCAGGAGUGGUACCGCGGUUUCCUGAAGGACUGCCCCACAGGCCACCUGACCGUGGAGGAGUUCAAGAAGAUCUACGCCAACUUCUUCCCCUAUGGCGAUGCCUCAAAGUUUGCCGAGCACGUCUUUCGCACGUUUGACACCAAUGGUGAUGCAACCAUUGACUUCAGGGAGUUCAUCAUCGCACUGAGCGUUACGUCUCGUGGUGGUUUGGAGCAGAAGCUUCGAUGGGCCUUCAGCAUGUACGACCUGGACGGGAAUGGUUACAUCAGCCGGGCAGAGAUGCUGGAGAUAGUUCAGGCCAUUUACAAGAUGGUGUCAUCAGUAAUGAAGAUGCCGGAGGACGAAUCAACGCCAGAGAAAAGGACAGAUAAGAUCUUCAGGCAGAUGGACAUUGAUAAUGAUGGUAGGUUGUCUUUGGAGGAGUUCAUUAAAGGUGCCAAGAGCGACCCGUCUAUCGUCAGACUGCUGCAGUCGGAUCAGGGAGCCUCUCAUCAGUUUUGAGGACAUGAACACACACACACCUUGAACACACCAACGUGUACCCAGCCUUUUACUGUUCCACAGCCUCCAAUUUAACACUCCUGUUUACAUUGAUGUAUAUUUCUCUUACAAGUGUGGCUCCUUUGUGGACUUUAAUGAGCUUUUGAGUUGGUUUUCCUUAUUUUUGUGCCUUUUUAAAACUCUUUCCACUCAAGUAAAGUGCCAAUAAUGC